GGCUGCAGCUGCAAAGAGUCGGUAUGUGUACCUCCGUACUUGUUUGUAUUUAAAGACUCUGUACGUAGAGGAAGAUUUGUGCGCCAUAUAUGCCGGCGAUGUCGACGUCCAUGAUGACCAUGUGUUGAGGGGUUAGUUUGGCUACCUUACUGGUUAAAAACGAUUUGUCGAGGGGGUAGAGAAAGGUAUGGUAGGGAUCUUACGUGGCCACUGCCAAGGCGCACCAUGGUUCUCAGCUACUUGGUAGACUACUCAAGUUGUAGGUAGGUCUCUGGCUCUUUGACAAUCAAGUCUUCAUUAGUAGAGCCCGCGUCCCAUAGGCGCUCUCUUUAUGCAAGCCUCCGGAUUAGACGAGUCAUGAGGCAGGCAAAGGUUCCAAUAUGUUUCCCUCUUGGUUCCCGGACGAGGUAAUGUUCUCAUGGCGACAUCUCAACCUCUCAUGGGUCGAAAGUGGAGAUGCCAAAAUAUUGUCAAACACUCAAAGUACAAGUGCCCUCACACCAAAGCAAUUGGUCGACCAGCAUCCAGUCAGCAAGCGGACGUGCCAUGCUCUUUGACCCUUGGCGAGUCCUCGUGGCAUUGUCAAGAUGGCCGACUUUGCGAAGACGGUGCGGAUGUUCCCCGGUCUUGCGCCUGCAGCUGUGGCUGAGAAUCUGGACAGAACCAUGGAGAGGUAAAUUGAGAAGGAACGAGGAGGAAAUGAAAGGAAACCAAGAAGCAAGGGAAUGAUAGCAUUCUAUCGUUGAUUAAGCUUCUUUCGGAAUCAAACAAAAAAAACCAAUCAGCAGCAGGAAACUCUUAGGGGCUUAGUUUCAGAAUUUUGUCCUGUCAUUGCCCGGAUUCCCCGUCCUUAUCGUCAUCUCCGUUGCCAUUCUCACCUUCAUCUGAUCCGCAAAGAGGAGCGCCUCUCGGGUCUACCAGUGUACAGCAUACGGGACAAGUCGGUUCUUGAUUUCCUUGCCAAGCUCAAAGUCGCAGUACAAAGCCGACUGCUCGUCUUCAUCGGUUCGAGUCAUUGUCUGA